AUGUAUCCAUCCUCUGGUAUUCUGUAUCUCAGUAAACAGUCUGCUGGCUACCCAGCUGCCACAGGAGAAACCUGGCCCCUGGCCGGGCCCGCCCGCCCCGCCCGCCCCGCCCGCCCCGCGCCCACCGUGAACCUGCAGCUGCUCUUCGCCGACUUCAACCAGGACAACACGUCCCUAGCUGUUGGUAGUAAGUCCGGUUAUAAAUUUUUCUCCCUUUCUUCUGUGGAUAAGCUGGAACAGAUCUAUGAAUGCACUGAUAGGGAAGAUGUGUGCAUUGUAGAGAGAUUGUUUUCAAGCAGCUUAGUGGCCGUCGUCAGCCUCAAAGCUCCUAGAAAGCUAAAAGUUUGCCAUUUUAAGAAAGGAACUGAGAUCUGCAACUACAGCUACUCAAAUACCAUACUGGCCGUGAAGCUGAACCGACAGAGGCUAAUAGUUUGCCUGGAGGAGUCUCUCUAUAUACACAACAUUCGGGACAUGAAAAAAGUACUGCACACGAUCAGGGAAACCCCUCCAAACCCUGCAGGCUUGUGUGCGCUGUCGAUACACAACGACAAUGGUUACUUGGCAUACCCAGGCAGUGCCACUAUUGGAGAGGUGCAGGUCUUCGACACCAUGAAUUUGAGAGCUGCAAACAUGAUCCCAGCUCACGACAGUCCUUUGGCAGCAUUGGCGUUUGAUGCCAGUGGAACCAAGCUUGCCACUGCCUCCGAGAAGGGGACCGUGAUUAGAGUAUUCUCCAUUCCAGAGGGACAAAAACUUGAGUUCCGGAGAGGAGUUAAGAGGUGUGUGAGCAUCUGCUCCUUGGCCUUCAGCAUGGACAGCAUGUUCCUCUCUGCAUCCAGCAACACUGAGACUGUGCACAUCUUCAAACUUGAGACUGUGAAAGAAAAACCUCAGGAGGAGCCCACCACCUGGACUGGGUACUUCGGGAAGGUACUCAUGGCUUCCACCAGCUACUUGCCCUCCCAAGUAACAGAAAUGUUCAACCAGGGCAGAGCUUUUGCCACAGUGCGCCCGCCUUUCUGUGGCCACAAGAACAUCUGCUCACUGGCCACAAUUCAGAAGAUUCCCUGACUACUGGUGGGAGCUUCUGACGGGUACUUGUACGUGUAUAACCUGGACCCCCAGGAAGGAGGCGAGUGUACCCUGAUGAAAGAGCACAAGUUGGAUGGAAGCAUGGAGACAACCAAUGAAAUCUUAGACUCAGCCUCUCACGACUGCCCCUUAGUGACUCAGACCUACAACACAACUGUUGCCACAGGUACUCAUGUGCCUUCAUCUCCAACCAGACUUGCCUACGGAGACGAGCUGGGGGCCGUGGGCAGCGCAUGUCUGGAAGAGGAGGCCAGCGCUCUGCGGCUGGAGGAGGACAGCGAGCAUCCUCCUAUGAUUCUUCGGAGGGACUGAACUUGACCUGUGAACUCUGACCCCCGGAGCAGAGAACACUGGCUUGAUGGAGGACUUUGUGUUAUGCUGCUAUGAACUUUGACCUGAGUUGGGGAGAGGAUGGCAGAGACUUAAAAAGAAAAAAAAAAAAAAAGAUCGUAGCUGUAGUCUCAUUCCAUACUGUUGAGAAAUACAUCGUUUUCACUUCAGUGGCUUUUAAUCCUGCUUAGGAAUCUUAGCUUUUUGUUUGUUUUCUG